AACGAUUGGUCGAACAAAACUAAACGAUCGUUUAAAACAACCAAUCGAUCGUUUGAAAUUAACUAAACGAUCGACUAUAAAAAACUAAACGAUCGUUUACAUAAACUAAACGAUCUUUUGAAACAACGAAAGACACCCGCGAAUUGUUUACAACCGCGAUUCAACAUUUCAAAAAAAGUAUGCGAAUUUACAAUAUUGCCCCUUUGGUAAAAACGACCGAUAUAUAUAUACGUUCCGCCUUCUCACUUUUCGUUUUUCGUCACUACGCAAUACACAACCGCACUGAUCACACCUUCGUUUUCUCUCAGUCCAUUGUUCUCUCAGACCAUUUUUGUCUCAGUCCAUAGUUUUCGUCAACGUUAAAAGGAUGGCUGUACCUAGCGAAAAGUAUUUCCCUGCCACUGUGUCAUGCCAAGUGCACAAGAUUGGCAGUCUUAUUAAGGAUAAACUGACCAAGGACCAGCUGCAAAUGUUCGAAAAAACAAUUUUUGGUCCAUUGCUGAAUGUGAACAUGGUAUUCAACGGCCAGUUGAUCCAUCAUUUCUUGCUGAGGCAGAUACCUGAAGACGGUAACGCAGAUGGAAUCUGUUUCUCGGUUUUAGGGAAGAACGUCCGUUUUACCCAAAAGGAAUUCAACAUCAUAACUGGAUUGUGGCCAACAAACAAUCCAUUGGAGAAAGAUUGCGAUAGCAAGCGACUGCAAAGUCUUCUAUUCGGAUCAGAAAAUAAGAAAGUAAUAACAUGCUUGGAAAUUGAGGAAAUUUUCAAGAAUUUUGAGUUUACAAAUGAUGACGAUGCUGUGAAGGUCGCCUUGGCCGUCUUUAUAGAAACUGUGAUGGUCGGGAAGGAUAAGAAAACACAGUUUGACAUGGACAUUUUGGGAAGAGUUGAUGAUGAAGAAGCAUUUAAAAGCUUCGAUUGGUCAACUUUCUUCUACACUCGUCUGCUCAACAGUUUAAAGACAAGUCUCCAAGGCAAAAAAGAAGCAUACGAGCUGAAGAAGACACGAAGUUCCAAAGCAGUGUCAUACUAUAACAUCAAAGGCUACGUCCUUGCUUUUCAGGUGUGGGCUUAUGAAGUACUCUCAACCGCAAAUGAGCACCUGGCCACAAGAAACAGUAAGGGAUUAAUCCCAAGGAUAUUGAGAUGGAAUUGUACACAAGCUCCAUCUUACAAAAUGCUGCAGAAUAACAUAUUCGACAACAAAAAUACUGUUGUUCAACCUAAACUCAAGAUGUCAACCCAAGAGAAGGCUUUCAUGGAGAGUCGAAUUCGAGGGGAUGAUAACAUGCAAAUGGAGGAGGAUGAAUCCAUUGGAGCAAUGAACAACAAAUCAUUGGAGCAAUCAGACUCAUCUCCACAAAGAGAACAACUCUCACCCCAAAGGGAACAAAGUCAAACAGUGGCUGAGGAGUCUGAAAUGCAUCCAAUCACCAAGAAGAAACAUUUCAGAUCAAAGAAGUCCAAUGACAAAGAAGAACGAAGUCAUUCAAAAUCCUACAAGAAACUGAAGAAGGAAAUAAAAGAAGUUCGUAAGGAUUUAUCCACACUGACUUCUAUAGUCUGUAGGAUGGAUGACACAAUCACAAAGCAGUCAUUGGAGCUGUAUGAAAUGAAGCAGAUGCUGGAGAGAUUGGUCCAGAAUCAAACUGAAAAUCAAGGGAAUGAUCAUACUGAUCAGAAUGACAAUGAGUAUGUUGUUCAAGAACAACAUACUCAACAACAACCUACUGAAGAACAACAUACUGAACGUCAAGAGGAAACCCAAAGGGAACAUGAAGAGGAACGUGGUAGUGAUAUAAGCAUAGACGGUAGGGAUGCAGACUUGCUAAUGACUAUAAGAGAUAUAUCGGAUAGUCUAAGUCAUCAAAUUCAGAAAGAAUCAGACCUGCCACAGAUGAUUACUACCCUUCCAUAUGUGAGCCAACCUCUUGCACUUUGUGAAUUGGCUCCAAUGGAUCAAACUGUACAAAUUGUAAAUGAAGAAUCUCAACUGGAAACAACAAAAAAACAGGUUGAGAUGAAAAAAAAUGAUGAAGCAGUUACUUUGGUUGAAAAAGAACCAGUAACUGUGCCUUAUAAAGAUGUGGAAGAAAAACCAAUAAAGAGAAGAAAGCUAUGUAAAAUAGCAAAUAAAGAGGUGCAACAUGAAGAUGAACAAGGUAAUCCACCCACAACAUCUGCUCAGAUCAUAUCAGUAUCUACAACACCUGUCCCAGAUGUGGAAAUCAGAGAAGUAGAUCCAUAUAAUCCGAUGUGGAAAGUGGAUCCAAAAUUAUGGAAGGAAUACUUGCAAUGGAAAAAAUCAAGAAAAACAACCCAUGAAGAAAGGAAAGUAGUCUCCACAACCAGAAAGAAAGACUUUUUCAGACAGCUUGAAGAAAACACAUGGGUACAUGGAGACACAUUGGAUCUGCUAUUCGCCCACUUGCAGAAUAAAAUGUUGCAUCUCAAGCACCAUUGCAAGCGUUCUUUUAGAAUAUUACAUUCCUCUUUUCUGACUGGAAUCAAUAAACCAGACUGCAUUGUUUGGAACCACAUUUUUGAUACUCAUCUGGUGACACCAGAUAAUAAGAAAGCUGAAUGGACAGACCCAACAGCACACCUAACUAUAUGGACAGAAAAAGAUGUCGAAUACUAUUUCAACACUGCUGUUGGUGAUUACAACGACAUACCAGGGUGGGGAGAUGUCAACUACGUGAUUACCUGCAUCAACAUAAAAGAACACUGGUUGGCUAUUGCAGCUGAUAUGAGAAAAUGCAGGAUCUACGUGUUCGACUCAAUGCCAAAUUAUGUUGAGCAGAAACUUGUUGAUGAAGCUCUUCAAAUGCCUGCACGAUGCAUUGCCUCACUCGCGAUUGCAAUUGGAGUCAACCUCCAUUCAGAUCGUUUCACAUAUGGCCCUUGGCCAAUACGCAGAUCGAAGGCCACAUUACAGAAAGGGCGUUCAUUGGAUUGUGGAAUUUUCUGUACCAAAUUUGUUGAAUGCCUUGUAACUGCUAGUGACCUUGGUUGUCUAACUGUGCCAAACAUGAAACUGUUUAGACAACAAUAUGUGCUGGAACUUUGGGCCAAUAAAUACUUUUGUUAAUAUUUGUAUUCGUUUAUAUAAUUUUUUUAUGUAAUUUUUAUAGAGAGAAUAA